AUGGACUCUAAAACAAUUGGUAUCCUCGGUGGGGGACAGCUCGGGCGCAUGAUUGUGGAGGCCGCUCACAGACUCAACAUCAAGACUGUGAUUUUGGAUGCGCCCAACGCGCCGGCCAAACAGAUCAACGCGUUGGACGAACAUGUGGACGGCUCCUUCACGGACCCUGCAGCCAUUGCGAAGCUUGCAGCCAAAUGCGAUGUGUUGACCGUCGAAAUUGAACACGUGGAUGCCUCUGCACUCGCAGAUUUACAGAAGGCGACGGGGAUUCAGGUGUUCCCAGUUCCUGAGACAAUCAAGCUCAUCCAGGACAAGUACCUGCAGAAGGAGCACUUGAUCCGGCACGAUAUCGCCGUAGCAGAAUCCGUCGCGAUUUCUGGUGCUACCGAUGCGGAAAAGCGCGUGGCACUUUUGCAGGUGGGCGAACAAUUUGGCUAUCCGUACAUGCUCAAGUCGCGCACCUUGGCAUACGACGGAAGGGGAAACUUUGUGGUGAAGAGCGCGGAGGCGGUCGAUGAGGCACUCCAGGACUUACACGACCGUCCGUUAUAUGCGGAGAAAUGGUGUCCGUUCACCAAGGAAUUGGCGGUCAUGGUGGUAAGAUCUAUCGAGGGCGAGGUGUAUGCGUACCCAACGGUGGAAACCAUUCAGAAAGAUAAUAUUUGCCACUUAGUGUACGCGCCGGCGCGCAUUUCUGAUACGCUCCGCAACAAGGCGGCUAUGUUGGCGAAAAAUGCGGUCAAAUCGUUCCCGGGGUGCGGGAUCUUCGGCGUGGAGAUGUUUUUGCUUCCAAACAACGAGCUUAUUGUGAACGAAUUGGCGCCACGUCCGCACAACUCUGGACACUACACGAUCGACGCGUGCGUUACCUCGCAAUUCGAGGCGCACGUGCGAGCGGUGGCUGGGUUGCCACUCCCACGCGACUUUGCGCGUCUUGCCACCAGCUCCACCAACGCCAUCAUGGUGAACGUGUUGGGGGCUUCUACGCCAGAUGGUGAACUUGCAAUGUGCGAGAGAGCGCUCCAGACCCCUGGUGCCUCUGUGUACUUGUACGGGAAGACUACCCGUCCAGGCAGAAAGAUGGGGCACAUCAACAUUGUUUCGUCCUCCAUGGACGAAACUGAGCGCCGUCUCGCCUACAUUAUGGGUGAAGACGUAGCUCCCGUUGUAGAUGAAGUUAAGGAGACCCCGCUUGUGGGGAUUAUUAUGGGUUCUGAUUCUGACCUUCCGGUGAUGGCUCUCGGUGCUGAUAUCCUCCAGAAGUUUGGCGUGCCGUUUGAGUUGACCGUGAUCAGCGCCCACAGAACGCCGCAGCGCAUGACCGAGUACGCGACCCAGGCGCACACGCGCGGUUUAAAGGCGAUUAUCGCCGGGGCUGGUGGGGCUGCUCACUUGCCCGGUAUGGUGGCAGCCAUGACGCCGUUGCCGGUGAUUGGUGUUCCGGUGCGUGGAUCCACCUUGGAUGGUGUGGAUUCAUUGUAUUCGAUCGUGCAGAUGCCAAGAGGGGUGCCUGUGGCGACAGUGGCGAUCAACAACGCGACUAAUGCGGCGUUGUUGGCAGUGCGUAUUUUGGCUGCGUGCGGGAUUGACAACGGGAAGUACAUGACCAAGAUGCUUACGUAUAUGGAGGGCAUGGAAACUGAGGUGUUGGGGAAGGCGGAGAGGUUGGAGCGUGUGGGAUACGAGGAGUACUUACAGGGGAUGAAGAAGUAA